UUUUCGAAUGAAAACAUUCGAAAUUUGAACUUUGAAAAAUGUAGUUUAAUUUUAUUUGUAUUUUGUAAUGAAACAGUUGAAUGUGUGUGUUGUAUUAAGAAUCAAAGUUUGAUUAAGAAAAGAUAAGAUUAAAUUAGAACUAAGUGACAUUAAUUUAACUUACAAGAAAACUUUGUGUAACAGUUACUUUUCUAUUUAGCUUUGUUGUAGAUUAUUAAAAUGUCUUUAGACCCGCGAAAGUAUUUGCUUAAAGAUUUAAUUAACAAACCGCCACCUAUAGAUGUCUGGUUACAAGGCACCAUCGAACAAACGGUUGGAGCCGAUAUUUUAAUAAUUUCCGACUCGACAGGACGAGCGAAGAUAACAAAAUGUGAAACCGCUCACGGUAUUAUUGAUAAAAGUUCAUUAAGAAAAGGAACAUACUGUUGCAUAAUAGGAACUGCAGUAUCAACAAAGAAGUUGCCAGAGGUCCAAGCCAGCAAGUUCAUAGACUUAACAGAACAAAUUCAUAUGAAAAUGGCAUGGGAGACUGAAGUUAAAGAAGCAAAUUUAUUUUUAGAAGGGAAAUUGAUACCAACUGUUUAACUCAUAAACUGCCACUAUAUGAGACACUAAAAUAUAUUGCAUCUUGCCUCAAUCUAUGUUCUGUUAGACUCAGCGUUAAGGUUGCUUUUCCACUAGAAAUGUGCUAUGCUACAUUGCUGUGAAUGCGUUUGGCUUUCACCAAUUGUAUUCAUUGGUACAUAUAGUUUAGCACUGGUGGAAACAGAGGGAGCUAAGCUGUUUUUUAUAGGGAAAGAUGAAGGAUGGAUUCCCUAUUAUAUUGAUACAUUGCAUACUUGACAUGCACACCUUCUCGCACAGUAACAUAGCUUAGUAUCUGUGGAACACAUAGUUUCACAGCUUAGCUUCAUAGCAUAGCACAUCUAUGGUGGAAAAGCAUACUAACUAAAUAAAACAAUGUUUUUAUAAAA